AUGGACCCCAAGGUUAUCCAUAACAAGGGAGUGGCUGAGUUUUAUCAGUCAAAAUUUACAAAAAUUGAAGAAUUCAAACUCUGUCUGUCUACAGUUUGUCAUUUUGACCAUCUCAAUAUUGACAAUUUGAUAACUGUAGAUGAUGUUGACCAUUGUGUUGUACUCUAUAACCAGGCAGUCAUCUUGUAUCAUUACCAACAAUAUAAAGCAGCUUUAUCUAUCAUGGAAAAAUUAAUUCCAUGCAUUGAACCAUUAGAAGAGAAUAUGGCCAAGAAAAUUGCAUUUUUAUUGGUUGAAUUAUAUUUGCGAACGCAUCAACCAGAAAAAGCAAUGGGAAGAUUGUCGUACAUAGAAAAAAUGUUAUUCACAAAUAUCAAAUCUGGUUCCAGCCCAAAUAAUUCUGAACGAGCAGAAAAAUCUGAAAACCAAGAAACUUCUCUAUCCUCAGAUGGCGCAAGUUCAAAAAUUAGUUUGUAUAAAACCCGUUGUUUACUCAUGAUGAAAUCAUUGAAAGCUUGUAAAAGGGAAAUUAAAGUGUUGAUGAGUACACAAGCACAAAAUCCUUCAGUUGUGUAUCUGAAAAGCAACUUUGAGUAUCUGCGAGGCAGCUACCGUAAAGUACUAAAGAUGCUGGCCACUGUACCACAAAACAUUGUUAUCACAGAGUCUGGGGACUGUUUGCCAGUAAUGUAUUAUAACAAUUUGGGCUGUAACCAUUUCCACACUCGCAAGCAUCACUUGGGGGCAUUUUACUUCAAGAGGGCAGUAGAAGAGAAUGAAAAUGCUUUCAAAUCUGUCAAGAAAGAAAGUGAAGAAGGUAAAUUUGGUCCAUCAUUACAAACUGUUGCUAUAAGUCGGCAUUAUGAACUAUUGUACAAUAUGGGUGUCCAGUUGCUUCAUUGUGGUAAAAUUCAGGCUGCAUUUGACUGUUUAAUCCAAGCAGUCCAGGUUUAUCAAACCAAUCCUCGACUUUGGUUACGACUUGCUGAAUGCUGUAUCACAAAUUACCGUGAAGAUAAUGAAGUAGAUAAGAAGUUAUCAAGACGUCUUCAAGUUUUCCAAGGAUCAGUAGCAAGUGGUGUCCAUCGGAAACUCAUUUUAGGCUCGACUACAAAACAUGAAAAGUUAAGUAAUAAUCCAGCCAUACCAGCUCCAUCAAUUGAGUUUGCUUCUUUGUGUCUGCGUAAUGCGCUACUUCUAUUGCCAGAAGACCCACUGCAAUCUGAUAUCAGUGAAGAACAAAAUGAUUCUUGUAAAUCAGAAAUUUUCCUUGUACCAGCUCCACCAAGCAAUCCAAUGAGAGCAGCAGAAGUUAGUAAUUUAAGAUGUUCCAUUCUUGCUGCUAGUGCUUAUGUUUCCCUUUGUCUAAAUGAUCAUCUGGUGGCCCUGAAUUAUGCUGAGAAUUUACUCCGGCAACACAAAUUAUCUGGAGCUCAAAGGUAUUUGGCUCACCUAUAUGCUGCUGAAGCCUUUGUACAUUUGAAUAGAACUACUGAUGCUAUCCACCACCUGAACCCAGAAUACAGUGUUGAUGUCAGUGUUUGUCCACCUGAACAGAAAACUGAACAAGACAAAAAUGACAAGAAUGAAAAGAUGGAUAAAAAUGAUCGUGAUCCAGUAGAAGCCACAGAAGCAAAAGGUGCCUUAGUUCCCUGGACUCCUGCGACCCCACAAAAAGCCCAGGCUGUACUAUUAUAUAACUUGGCUGCAACUUUGGCUAUAAGGCAAGAAUAUGCUGAAGCACUGAAAAAUCUUGGGGAGAGUAGCAAACUUACUAGCCAACCUUUUCCAGCCCAGAUGUAUAGUUUGAAAAUUUAUUUGGAUCUCAUUGAAGGUCGGCGAGCUUUUGCACAGUACAUAAUCAAAGAGUCUUUUGGUCACCUUACUCCAAACAGAGUGGAUCUUUCUCUGCUCACCAAGAAGAACAUGCCCAGUGAGCCACUACCAUGA